CCGCGCAUCAAAUUUUGAGGCCCCCCACGUCUGCAACAUCGAUCAUAGCCAAGGGCAGCAAGGCAACGCACAGGUAGAGCGGUGGCUCGGGCUGUGAGCAUCACGAGAAUCGCAGGUCUAUGACGUCCUCAACGGAGGCUGCUCUGGCGAUUGCUACGCCACAGGUCCAGCAUGCCUCCUCACUCAGCUCCGCUCCACAUCACAUACAGAAUCAAGGCGAAGUCUCAGCAGGUAGUCCGGCCACUCAUAGGCGCAACGAUUCUGCUCAACAACGAGUCUCGCCGAGUCCCUCUGCAGUCAGCGUGACCGAUCAUGCCGAUACGAGUAUGUAUCCACCAGACCAACCCAUCGCCUCCACAUCCGCCCACACUUUGGAUCACGACCUCCUCACAACGAUUCGGCCAGAUGAAUUGGCGUCCGAACAGACGAGUGGGACCGCAGUGACUCCGGUAGCGCUUGAUCAGCCGAGCUCCCCAGACAAGCUGGAUGCUCAGCUUCUUGCAUCUUUGGCGGAACCCAACUUUGAUGCUCAGUCUAGCCCGACAACACUGGCGAGUGUGGGUACGAGCAGACUGCAAGUACCGAAUGGCGGCAUAGACGCGCUUGCCACCUUGACAGGCAUCCCAGCGUCAUCCGCUGCGCAGCUCGCGAGCGCUGCUGCGCAACAGCACACCAGUGCCUCUGAUGGAGAUGUUUCAGGCCCCUUGGACGUCAUGCUCAGCUCUGGCAUAGAUGGAAGCACUGGCGGACCUGAGCAGCCGAGCAUGGACGCGGCGAAUGUGCAGCUGGUUCAGCCCCAUGAUCAGCACAUCAAAAUGGAGGAAGGGGAGGAGUUUGCCGGCCAAGACUUCUCGCAUGAUCCUCCAGCAGGCCCAAUUCAAGCCUAUGCAAAGCUCGAAUUUCCCGGUUUCUCGUACUACUUGCAGACGCUGGAUAUUUCGAUUGGACGCAGACCUGCCCACAUUCCCGCGCCAGAGUUCAGCGCUGCGGGCGAAGCUCAUAUCACCUCGGCGCCCAAGGUGCAGGGAGACGUGGAUGUGGAUUUGGGGCCUCUGAAGUCCAUCUCGAGACUGCAUGCCCGCAUUUAUUAUCAUGUGGGCUACUUUCCAGCUUUGCACGAUCAGGCCGUCUAUGGACAUGACAGUCCUGGACAACAAUGGGAUGCACAGCCAGAAGAGGUCACCCCCGCAAGCAUCGGCAACCAGCAUCAAGGUCGCUUUGUGUUGCAAGUUUAUGGCAGGAACGGCGCGUUCGUAGACGAUGUUUGGGUCGGCAAAGAUGGAGUGGUAGCGCUCCAGUCGAAGCGCAUCAAAAUUCAGAUAGCUGAGCGGGUGUUCUAUUUUGUUCUUCCGCCCAUGGAGAACAGAACCUCUGCAGAAGGCUCGCAGGACGAGAUGGAAUUAUCAGCGGACGAUGGAGCUGAUGGAGAGGAAAGUGGGCCCUCGGACCUAUCAGGAGAGGAAGAGGAAUUAGACUCACAGGAUAUGUCCUCUGAGCUUUCUUCCUUAGGUGAGACAUCCGAAAAAGGAACUAAUGACGCGCAAAGGAAGCGCAGGCGGCUCAUCAUCAAGAGAAGACGGGAUGAGGAAGCUAUGCAGCUUGAUUCGUCUCUCGCAGACUCAGCACGGGCUGCCACCAAGCUUGAGCCAGAAGCUUUGCAAGCAAGCGCAGACAUGGUCGACGUCGACGAAGGCCAACGCACCUCUACCAGCCCCCAAAAGCAUCGCAAGCCUGGCCUUAUCGCGAAUUGGAUGACAGGCGUCGGUAUUGCGGGGCGCAAGCGCAAGCGGGGAGAGCAGCUCGAAGAGGACGCCCUACGUGUGGGCACUCCGAUCGGUGUAGAGGCCCUCGAUGCCGAACGGCGGGCUAAAGCCGCUGAAAAGAAAGCUGCUCUGGCCGCUCAGGGUCGGGCGUUCUCCUCAUCAACCACUCCCAGCGCUUCGGUCCAUGGCUCCAGCGUAGCGCACACCGAAGCUCAGCCCACUUUGCAGGCGAAUGAGACAUCGCAGGCUGCCACGAAGGCUGGCCCACAGAUUGCACUGGCUGGGACCGCGGCGACGCCCAAAGUCGAGCAUUCAGCUCCUGACAAAGCAGCAGCAGCAGCAGCCAGAACAGCAGACUCUGCGCCAGAAGCUAGCAGAGCGCAUACGACUGUGACAGCGAACGUGGCCAGCUCAAAGACAAUCAAGGGUGAAGAUCCUCAGCCAAGCUCCGCACAUACUUCCUCAAACGCUGGUCCAGCGCCGCCUGCAGGCAGCAAGGUCAUUGCAUCUGCCACGAACAGCCGACCUACUGCAGCUGUGAACUCCGCCCCGACCAGCAAAGGUGCUUCGAGUGGGAAAGCAGCGCUCGCGGUAGUCAUUCCGGAGAACCCGAAAGUCGAUAGUGAGGGCAAACCAGAACUGACAAAUCAUCAGCUGAUUAAGUUAGCACUCACCUCCGAGGCGCUGCUUCAGGCCGGCAAGGCUUCCUUGCAAGACGUGUACGACUACAUGACUGGUCGGUGGGACUGGUUUCGCCGGAAUGCAAGAGGAAACGGAAAGGACUGGAAGAGCUCGAUCCGACAUGCGAUCACUUCAUCUUCAGAAUUCAUCAAAAUUGCGCGACAGGCUGAUGAUCCUGGCAAAGGGUCUUUCUAUGCUCUGGCUGCGCUCAUGGCCCCCGAAGAUGUCGCGAAGCUACAACAGGUUGCCAACAAGCCGGCGCCAUCUCAAGCUGUCACGCCCGCUGUCAAGCCUGCAACGGUGCCCACGCUACCAACUUCUGCUCAACCAUCAUCGCGACCGACACCGAACGGCAUUACCAUGACGUCUGCGACGCCACAAGGUGGACACCCUGGCCCGCAGUCGGUCGUGCGCCCUCUGCAGUAUCCCCGACCUCCGCAAGCAGCUGCGCGGCCGACUUCCGCUGCGGCUCCUCGACCAAUUUCAGUAGCCUCUGCAGGGCGCGCAUCGGCACCGGCCGGCCCUGGUGCUAAUCCACCUGGGCUCAAGUCAGCAACAGCCACGUCCGCCUCGUCUGCUGCGACUUCUGGCCAUUCUCCUUCAGCCUCAGCUGUUGAGCCGGGCUCAGCAAAGGCCAAUGCGAGUGUCGUCGCGCCGAGCAAUGCUGCCACCUCGAAUAGCACUCAGCAGCGCGUCGCAGACGCGUCUUCUUCUGGCGAGCAAAGCGUGUCGAGAGCUGCGCAUGGAAGCCCAAGUCGGGCCUCAACAGCUCGGGUAGCAAUUGUGAUCGGCAAGCCGCCUGACGAGGCCAAGCUUCCGCAGCACACUGACAAUGCCAUGGCAGGCUCGAUCAACGCGCUGUUCGGCGGCCCUCCGAUUGUGCAUCACGAAGGCAAGCUUUACUUGAGUCCUCAAGUCUUUGGUCGCUUGUCAGAGCAGGAAAUCAACAGGAUUGCAGGUCUAGGUGCUCAACAAGCUCUGCAAGUGCUUCAAACGCACCUUGUCUCCCAUCUCCAAGAGCAGAUGGGAGCCAAAGCUCAGCGUGCUCCUAGUUCAGCUUCUCCACCUCCGGCGCGGCCUGUCCCGCUAGCUUCCCCAGCAGCUCAAACACCAGGUGCGACGCUUCAACCACGUCCUGCUGGGCCAGCAAGGCCCCGACCGCCAGUUGCUGCUACCCCUCCAUCCUCAAGGCCCGUCGCUGCGCCUUCAAGCGGAAGAGCCGCCCCUCCAAACGGCGUCAAGCCACCUUUCUCUGGCGUCAGACCCGGGAGCACGACACCUUCAAGACCCUUUCCAGGCUCGCCUCCCAGUGGAGUUCGCCCCGGCUCUGCUGCAGCUCGACCUCAAGCGGCUGUCAGCCCGGCAGCUCCUCGUCCAGCACCUGGACCUACCGCGCCUGGACGCCCGCCCACCGCUGCAAGACCUGCAGCGCCUGGCGCUCGUCCGCCUGCCACUGGACCAAGACCUCCUGCCACUGGGCCGAGACCGACAACUGCCCCUCGACCUCUCAUGCGACCUCCUGGUGCGCGCCCAACUGGUACCUACGUACCGCCGACCAUCGCAGAGGCAGUGUCGGCUUUGCUAUCCUUUCCGUCACAUGCGGAGUACGCGAACCUCAUGUCUAUUCUAAAAAAGCAACAAGAGGCAGGUAUCGGCGCACCCGCACCACACUUGACACCCGCUCAGGCUGAUUUGCUCGCUCAGGUCAACAAGCUCGCGCUCCAACGCAAGGGUAGUGCUGCUAGACCAUCUCCGCCAAAUGCUGCUCGACCUCCGACCGGCAGACCGCAAGCGAAUGCGUCCUCUUCCGCGUCGCCUACAGGCUCAUCUCCCGCUCGCCCUGCCGCUUCUGGCCCUCCUGGCGUGCGACCACCAGCUGUGCGUCCACUGAUGAGCACGGUGCCGUCCAGACCCCCACCCACCAUUACCACGCGCCCACGGCCGCCGCCUGGCACCACACCGACAGGUCCUCGUCCAGUACAGCAGCCUGGCUCAGCCGGUGCGGCUGGAGCACGACCACCGGGUGCCCUGACUGGCCAAGGCUUCAGCGGGGGCGCGACACCUCCGAGGCCUCCAGUGCCCAGGCCGACGCAGCCUAGACCACUUGCUCAGCCUACUGUGAGCCCCGCAAGGCCUGUUACCCCCUCAGCACCAAAGACUACUCUAUUGGGCUCAGGAAAUCCAGUACCAGCCAGACCUGUCCCAGCAGCCUCGCAGCCCAAUCUCAGCGCUUCGCCAAAGGUCGCACCGAAGCCGACAGCCUCGCAAGCGCAAGCGCAAGCGCCGAGCACUUCUACUUCCGCGGCACCACCGCAGCCCAAGCCCUCAAAUGGGUCCAAUUGAUCAGAGCGCGUCCCCACUCGAGCUUGUAUUCCUAGCGUCUACCUAUUCGUGGCACCGAAGGUCAGUGCAAGCCGUCUUUCUGCAAUGUAUCAUCAUGUGCACCCCACAUAGCAAGUCAACGGCCCUAUGAGACGUACAACGGCACGAAAGAAUCUCUAUGUCGAAGCGACUCAGCUAGCAGCGAAAGUUCAAAGGUUUCACUGGUGCAAGGCAGGGAAGGUGGUGUCCGCGCUGCGUGCGCAACG